GCAAAGCAAAUGUUUACCCUGACCAAGGCAGUUAUCUAUCCAUGUGAUCUGCUAUCAAGGUUAAAAGAGAAAUGAAAUCCCAGUACUUAUUUAAAGAGCCAAAAUACAACUGUCUCCACUCCUCUUUCAUCAUGCGGGGCUUACUCUUUUGUUGGCUUGUGGCUUUAACUGCAAGUCAAAACCUACGAUAUGAUAUUGCUCUGAAUCCCAAGAAAGCCUAUGAGUACAGAUACGAAGGAGAGGUUAAGUUUGGACUUGGCAAACCAAACCUGGCAGAAUCUGGGUUGCGAAUAAAGUGCAAGGCCACAAUCACCGGUGUUUCUGAACAAAUGUUCCUUCUACAGGUCUCAGAAUUGUCAUUUGCUGACCUUAAUGGCUUUCCAGACAAGAAUGCAGGCUACAAUCCCACCCCAAAAGUUACAAAACGUAUUGCUGCUGAGCUUGCAAAACCAUUCAUGUUUGAGCAUGCCAAUGGACACAUUGGUGACAUUCGUGCAUCUGCUGAGGUUUCUACUGCUGUUGUCAACAUCAUUAGAGGUAUACUUAGUUUUUUCCAAGUUACUCUGAAGACUACAGAGCACAUCUAUGAACUGGAAGAGACUGGAAUCCAUGGUAAAUGUCAUAGUAACUACGCUAUUGAUGAAAAUGAGGAAACCGGGGAUUGGAUCAUCACUCAGGUUGUGGAUGUGACUAAAUGCAAGGAAAGGGCGGCAAUGUACAGAGGAAUGGCAUCUUCUGUGGUGGAUAAACUAUCCAAAGAGAGAGGAGAAUCGAUUGUUUCAACCAUGAAAUAUAAUUACACCGUCAAACCAACAGCAGAGGGAGGUCUCAUUACCAAAGCUCAUGGGCUCGAGCAGCAACACUUCACUCCUUUCAAUGUGAAGGGUGGUAGUUUGAAGAUGCAAGCAAUGAAGAACUUGGUGCUGCUUAGUGUGAAUGACACGGCCAGAGCCAGAACAUAUGGACCAGUGGAAAGCAAAGGCAAUAUUGUUUACAAAUUUGAAGAUGUGGACAUCAAUAUUCCAGUUAUGAUGCAGAAUCUGGAUAAUCCAGUGCCAAAGGCUAUUGAAUUGAUAAAGCGAUUGGCUGUGGCUAAUAGUCAAAGUAUUGACAGUGCAACUACUGAGGAUGUUAUCAAGGUGUACCAGCUCAUGCGAGUAAUACCUUAUGAAGGACUGGAAAACAUGUGGAAGCAAUUAGCAGAAAAUCCCAAGCACCGACGGUGGUUUUUGAAUUCUAUUGUCGAAGUUGGAGAUGAGAGAGUGCUGAAUUUCUUGGAGAACAGGUUUAAGAUAAAGGAUUUGACUUCAAUUGAAGCUUGGCAAUCCCUCUUGAUGGCUCUUCAACAUCUUGCAGUCACUCCUGAACGUGUUGAAAUGGCUAAAGUUUUCCUAAAGAUGCCAUUCAGUAAAUCUAACACCUAUCUGUGGCACACUGUGGCCCUUUCCUAUGGCUCUCUGGUGAACAAGUACUGUGCAUAUUAUACACCAUGUCCAGUAUCUGCUGUUCAGCCCCUGCUGGAGAUUGCCACAGAGGCUCUGAGGAGUAACAACAAAGAAGAAAUGGUUGUCGCUCUGAAAGCUCUGGGGAAUGCAGGCCACCCUGGGAGUAUGAAAACCCUCAUACGUUACCUUCCUGGAGUGGCUGCCACUCCUGUGGAUCUGCCUGUUUGGGUGCAGAGUGCCGCUGUGAAGGCUAUGAGACUCAUCACUACUAGAGACCCUCACAGGGUACAAGAUGUCACCAUGGCCCUGUUCCUGCAGAAGGACGUUCCAUCUGAGGUUCGUAUGCUGGCCUUCAGGAUCCUUUUCAACACUAAACCUUCAAUGGCACUUGUGUCCACUGUGACAGCUCAUCUUCUGGAAGAAAGAGAUCUUCAGGUUGCUAGUUUUGCAUACUCCUACUUGCAAGGAUUUGCUAGCUCCACAACUCCUGACAAUCAGCACCUUUCAAUUGCCUCCAGUUUGGCUGUAAGAAUCCUUGCCCCCAGAUUGGGGCGUCUUAGUUAUUACUACAGCAAAGCAAAGCUUGUAGACUUGUUUGAUGAUAAUUGGCUAACUGGCAUAUCGUCCGAAUACUUCAUGCUAAAAAAUGCAAGCAACAUCAUUCCCUCUGAGAUAAUGUUCAAAGGAAAACUGCACUUCAUUGGUAGAAUUAUGGAUCUAUUUGCGCUGGGUAUCAGUGCAGAAGGAAUAAAAGACCUGUUUGGAACUGGCAUUCCUGGAUUUAAAGGAGACUUUAGUAUAAAUGAUCUCCAGGCUAUUUUCAGUGUGCUUCAAAAGUGGGAGACUCUUGAAAAUGAUAAACCAGUCCUGUCAGUUUUUUCUAGCAUCUUUGGACAAGAGUGGUUUUUCGCAGACAUGAGCAAAGAGACCUUACGGAAUAUAAUCACAGCCUUUAGCGCUGCUACAUGGAAAUCAAGUCCUCUGAGAGCUCUGAUGGAGAGUUUACACAGAGGUAUCUCAUGGGACUACACCCGGCCAUUUUUGACCUAUGAGGCUCGUUACUUCCAAGCUACAACUCUGGGUCUACCGGUGGAGAUCAGCAAAUACUACAACUCCAUAACUGCAAUCAACUUUAAUGCUAAAGUUACAGUUAAUCCCCCACCUACUGAAAGCUUUGGACAGCUGUUGAAUUCGGAAAUUAUACUAGAAACAGAUGGAUUUGCUGGUGUUACCAAGGACUACUGGGUUUUCUAUGGGGUUAACACAAAACUCUUCCAGAGUGGUUCAGAGUUAAAGAUUAAGUCACCAAUUGCUGUUCCAUGGAAGUUAUCCACCAAGAUAAAUGUACCGGAAAAGAAGUUCGAGCUUGACUUUCCUCGUAGCAAGGAGGAAAUUAAACUUUUCUCAAUGAGAUCAGAUGUGUAUGCAGUGUCAAGAAACAUUGAAGAGCCAGAUUCUCCUAAAAUCACCCCAAUAAUGUCUCCAUCUACUGACCCCAGUGAUGAUGUACUGAAACCAAACACCUGGCAUCCUACGUCCAGAAUGUGCUAUGAGUGCAACAUCUAUGGAGUUGGUCUUUGCAUGGAGUAUGAGUUAAGGAGACAGUAUUACCAUGAGGAAUACCCACUUUACUAUUUUCUCGGAUACAGCCACAUGGCAAUCAAAAUAGCUCAAGCCCAGACAACAAGACCAGUUGAAAAAAUCCACUUUGAGCUCGACCUUGGUACCAGCAGACAACCGAUGAGUGCACGCCUACUGCUUGAAACCCUUAGCAGGCUUUCCAAGGUCCAAAACUCAACAACUGAAGCCAUCUUCAACUUCAAAGCUUUUGCUAUGAGUGGAAACCAGCAGCCUGAGGGUUAUGAUGCAGCCAUGUUCUAUACACCCGAGACAGGCAUUCAUAAUGGCCAAAUAAUUGUGUCCCAAGUUGGAGCGAACACCAACUGGAAGAUGUGUGUUGAUACCAGUCUUGGUGCUGAGGCAAAGGCACACGUCAGAUGGGGAGCUGAGUGUCAGACCUAUGAUAUGUCAAUGAAAGCCUCUGCUGCAUAUAUCAACUUUACAAGGCCAGAACUCAAAGCCACAGUUCAAUGGAACAGCAUUUCGGAGUACAUGGUUGAGAUUGGCAAAAGAAUUGAACGCUAUAUCCCUGGUGUAGCGUUCCUUUAUGGCUUCUCCUUGGAAAAUGAGCGGAAUCCAAAGCAAGAAGUGUCAGCAGCAGUUGUUGCUGCCUGGACAGAUAGCGUUGAUGUAAAGAUAAAACUCCCAGAGUAUACAGUGCACAAAAAGGCUAUGUCAUUUCCAAACAUGUGGAGCACCCAAUGGCACAAGAACAUGACAAAUUCAACAUUGUAUUGACUUUAUCCAACUGUGAGAACAUAAAAACUGCAAAAACCAGAUGACAGCCGGUGGCCUAAUGUGCCAUUUUGGACAAACAACAGCUGCCAAUACAUAACAGCCAGCAUCGUAAAUGUUUUAUUAGUCUGUCAGAUGUCAGCAGUUUUUUAAUUAACA